AUGGAUGCAAUAGACCAGAGUAGUAGAAUGGAUGCUUAUAGGGAUGCUUAUAGACAGCUCUCAGAUUCGCAGCAAAAACUUCUGAGCAUACUUCCAAUCCCGAGUGCCAUCUUAAGCAUAGUGGGAAGCUUUGCAAUUAUUGAUAUUGCAAGGCAAAGACGAAAGGGGGUACAACAAUGGACUCCCUACAACAGACUUCUUGUCGCAAUGAGUAUCUGUGACAUUGUUCUCAGUUUAAACUUUGCGAGCGCCGCUUUUCUUCGACCGGCCGAAACGAGUAGUAGAAUAUGGGCGCGAGGAAAUGAUGGCACAUGCACCUUUUCGGCAUUUGUGACUCAAGUAGCCACUGCAACGAUGUGGUACCAAGGGAUGUUGUCUAUCUACUUUUUAUUGACUGCUCGUUAUGGCAUAAAGAAUGCCGUAAUCGCCAAACGCGUUGAGCCAUGGAUGCAUCUCGUGGCACUGGGAUAUCCAAUUUCAACUGCCAUUGCUGGUGUUGGAAUGGGCAUCUACGGGGAGAGGGUUGGGGAAGGAGGAUGUACUGUGAUACGCUACGAGGACACCAGUACAUCCGAGGCUUGGGUUGUCGAAAGAAGCAACGCACGCGAAGCAAUGCUGUAUAUUUUCUAUGGUGUACCUCUGUUUAUGGCAACCCUGUGCUUAACCUUUACACAAUUGAGCAUCUUCAUGUUCAUUCGGCGCCACCGAAAGUCUCCAUCUAGCGAAGAUUCGACUUCAAAAGGCUCUAAUUCGAGCGAGAACAACGGCAGGACACAAAGGCCAAAGACACCCUCAGCAAAGCAGUCGCAUCGGCAGCAGUUGGUCUGUUCACAGGCAUUUUUGUUUGUGAUGGCCUUCGUCCUCUGCCAUCUUGGGAAUCUGCUUAUGGCUGGUUUGCAGAGCAGCUCUCGGACUCGAGCAGAUGAAAUGGAGAUAUUGGUAAAGUACUAUCCUGUGGUAGUCUUACAGGCUGUACUGCUUCCAUCUCAAGGGUCGUUUAAUUUUCUGAUUUACUGUCGACCCAAGUACUUGAUGCUAAGGUUUGAAUUCCCAGAUGAGAGUAGACUAUGGGCCUUGAGACGAGUAUUUCUUGGCGAUGAGCUUCGUCCAACCAGUGGUGCCAACAACACGAUUGGUGAAAAAGCUGACUAUCCUGCUGCCAAUCGACAGAAGGCGCCCGAAUCAGACGAAGGUACACCGAUUUCAGGCUCACAAGAGACGUACAAAUCGAUUCCGUUGCGUCUUUCACGCGACAUGGUAUCGUCCUUGACUCUGGCCGAUUUUGAUGACGAUGAUGAUUCUGCAGACGAUGCAGCUGAAAGAGGCCAAAGAUGGCACAAUGCUGGUCCUCGAGUAAAAGAGAGCUCGCCGGCCUUUCUUGCCUCUCGUGUCAACCGAUUGACAACAUUGGAAGCCAUCAGUGAAAUAGAAGAAACAGUUUUUGGUUUGAAUCCAUACCAAACCAACGGGUCGCACCUUCCGGCGGCUUCUGUGGCAUUGUCAACUCCAAUAGAGUCGUCCGAGAAUCGUUGGAAAGGAACAGAAUCAACAUCGACACCAAUGACACCUCGGGGGUAUUCUUCUUCCUUUCGGAGCAUUGAGUCCUUCUCUGGGACCGAUCCAAGGCACAGGUCCGCUGCGUCGGACAUUCCCAUUCAGGCACCAAAACGAAUGGAUUCACCAAUGUCUAUUCCAAGACGCAUGGGUUCACCAAUGUCUGUUCCUAAACGUAUGGAUUCACCAAUCCAUGUUCCACGACGUAUGGAAUCGCCAAUCCAUGUUGCAAAACGUAUAGUGGAAGCACCAAUGGGGUCUUCAAUAUCGGGUUUAUCGAGUGACAGUAGAGCUUUGGACUAUUCUGAAACUCAGAAAAAUCUGACAAGUUGGCAUAUUGGAGCACCAGAAAAGAAAAAGAUCGAUACGGCACUGGUUCCACCUAGGCGAUUUGUGAGUCUACCCCCCUCCGAAAUCGAAGAUGAGGCGAAGAGCAUCUCUUCUUGA